AUAAAAUAAUUCAUCUUGACGUUCCUAAUUAUAUUCAAAUUCGUUCUUCAACUUCUACCGAAAAACCUACUGCCACUCAAACUAGCAGCCCUACUACUACUCAAGCUAAAUGUAAUACUGUAACCGAAAAAGUUUCUUCUAUCCCUAAUUUAGAUCGUAUUGACCAAGAACAAUUACCAUUAGAUGGAAAAUACAAGUAUCCAAGUAGUGACGGUUUUGGAGUAAAUGUUUAUAUUGUUGACACAGGUAUUAAUUUAGAUAAUGUAGAAUUUGAAGGUCGAGCAAAAUUUGGAGGAACUCUUGAGAGUAUUGGCAUUAGUGUAAAUAAUGCAACUGAAUCAGCAAUUGGACUGGGUAUUCAUGUUGUUGUUGCUGCAGGAAAUUUUGGUGUAGAUGCCUGUGACUUUACACCAGCAUCAGCACCUAAUGCUAUAACAGUUUCGGCAACUGAAGCGAUGUCAGAUAAUUUUCCAAAUUUUUCAAAUUUUGGGCCCUGUGUCAAUAUCCUUGCCCCAGGUGUGAAUAUAACUGCAGCUGGAAAUAAACGUUCUACAGAUUUAAUGACAUUAACUGGAACCAGUCAAGCAGCUCCUCAUGUUGCAGGAGCAGUUGCCUUGAUAAUUUCAAGUAGUGGAAAUAGAUCUCCAGCUGAAAUGAAGAUUGAGCUCGAUAAUUUAUCAACGAAAGAUGUCAUUAAUGGUCUUUACUUUCCCGAUCGUCCAAUUACUCCAAAUAGACUUUUGCGU